GCUUAUGCUCGGCCGCUCACCUCGGCCGCCUUCAGGUCGACAUGCGAUGAGCAUGGCAACCUCGAUGGGAGCGUCAAGCCUCCUGCUUCAUCAGAGAAAAGUCGAAGACACCUACCGCAGCGGCCACCGAGGUAUAAGAACAACCACCUUCUCCCCCACGAUGGCCUAUACCCAGCAACAACUAGAAGCACUCGCCAUGGCACCCACCAAGUACGUCGACCGCCCAGUCCCCACCAUCUCCCUGCGCGACUUCGACGCCCGCAUCGACGAAAUCACCAAAGAACUCGUCGACGCGGCCGAAAAUGUCGGCUUCUUCUGCGUAGUCGACCAUGGCAUUCCACGCUCGUCUGUCGACAAUAUCUUCGACCAAUCGGCGCGCUUCUUCAACCAGCCAGACAAUGUGAAGGCUUACGUUCCCUUCUCCCCACAGCAUAACGCUGGGUGGGAGAAGAACUCUCAGAUCCGACCGUCUACUGGCGCGGUCGAUCGCAAGGAGUCUUAUCAGAUGCAGUUUGGCGAGGCUAUGAACGGCCGAUGGCUCGAUGACUCAGCACUCCCAGGCUUCCAACGAGAAGCCCUCUUCUUCAUGCACCAAGCCCAAACCGUUAGCGAGAAACUCAUGAUGUGCUUCGCCCGCGGCCUAAACUUCGCCGACGACUACUUCAUCAAAGCGCACGAUGUCAGCCGGCCCGAGUCGCAGACGGUCUGCAGACUGCUGCACUACUUUGAGACGCCGCAGAUGCCGAAUCCGACGGGCGAAGUGUUCCACCGGGCUGGCGCACAUGCGGACUGGGACUUCCUUACCCUGUUGUUCCAGAAGGCCGGGCAGUCGGGGCUGGAGAUCUGCCCGGGGCGUGAGGUCUCGACCUCGUUUGGGUAUGGCGAUGCGUGGACUAAAGUGGAGCCUGAUGCUGAGAAGAACGCCAUUGUCUGCAAUGUAGGUGAUCUGCUCAUGUCUUGGUCCGACGACCGCUUCAAGUCGACAUUCCACCGUGUCAAGGCACCAUGCGAACCUGGUGAUUACUAUGGUGAGCGCUACAGCAUUGCGUACUUCAACCAGCCGUGCAAGGACGCGAGAAUCCAGGGGCCGUUGAAGAAGUACCCGCUGGUUACGGGCGAGGAGUUCACGAGGAACGCGAUGACCAGGAAUUUCAAGGCCCUGCAGGACAAGCUCCGCGGAGAGGAGGAAAAGAAGUCGAAGGCUCCUGAAGGUAGUGUUGCGGUCAGCGCCCAGGCUUAAUCGGACCAAAGGGGGCGUUACAAUAGGCUUCGACGUUCAUUGUGACGCGACAGUUUUCCAACUUCCCUGAGGGUUGGUUUUAGGCGAGAUACCUUUGCACGUGCUUUGGUCGUUGUGUCCAGUUCGGCUGGAUAUUGAUAGGCUUGCCAGACCUUAGAUAGCUCACUGGCUUUAAGCGCUGGCCCGCCUCUCCGCCCGAUGAAAUGCAAUUAUGACGGGCUGGAACAGUAGAAUUGUCGUGUUUCCUAGUAGUAGUGAACC